GGGGGGAAUGCUGUGCGGGCUCCCUGCCGGGACUAAGGUGAUGGGGGAAGCGCAGAGUCCUGCAGCUGGGAGAUUGGGCCCAAGGGUGGGUGCUGGUCCCCGGGGGGAGUCAGGGGUACUUGAGGCCCCAGGGCUGCGUGAAUGCCGGAUCCCAAGGUGCAGAGGAUACUAGAGGGUUAACAGGUUGGGAUAGUUUAUAGCCCGCUUGUUCAGACAGCCAGAGGUUAUGCCAGGCCUGUCAAAAAGAGGAAGCAAGUGCUCCCCAGCCAUCUGGAUGACCUUCCUCCUACCAUGCUGAAGAAAGAUUAUGCCAAUGUCCCAAUAACAGAUAAGGUUGAUGAUGUAGUGAAAAGGCUAUUGUCUCUGGAAAUGGCCAGCCAGAGGGAGAAAGUGAAGAUAAAGACGCAGCAGUUGAUAGAGAAGGUUAGGAGGACUCCCAGUGACACCGGUUCCUUCGAGGUACAAACUGCUAUUUUAACUGCCAAGAUUCAAACUCACCAGGAGCACCUGCAGAAGCACCCCAAGGACAAAAGUAACCGGCGCCGCAUGCUGAUGGCCAUGGAUUGCCGGAAGAAACUGCUCAAGUACCUGCGUCGCACCCGCUAUGAGACUUUUGAGCAGACGUGCAAACAGCUGGGCAUCCAGUACACGUUACCGCCACCCUAUUGCAGGCGAAUGACCCGGCGAUGGGCUGCUAAGAAGGCUUUCUGCCUCAAGGUUUUCAAAGAGGUACAGAAACUGAAAGCACCCGAGAGGCUGAAGCAGAGACAAGAAUGGCAAGCAAAAGCAAAGGCCGCAAAGGAGCAGACGCUGCAAGGUGAAGGGACCCCGGUAUAGCAGCACCCUGAGCAGAUCUCGCAUGCUGUGCCUGCAUGUGAAAAAUAAUUUGUCCCUCCAAAAUACAAUAAAUGAUUUUAAAGCUA